AUGGCUGAGCAAGAUAAUACCCUCCGAGUCUUGAUUGCUGGCGCUGGUAUUGCGGGGUUGGCAACGGCUAUCUCGUUACGACGCAUCUCCGAGCUAUCAAAUCUAGAUGUGCAGCUUUAUGAGCAGGCUCCGGAGCUUCAAGAAAUUGGAGCCAGUAUUGCACUCAGUCCCAAUGGCAUGCGGACCUUGGAGAAGCUCGGCGUAGCAAGCGCGCUCACAGAUGAGGUUGGAUACAGGGGACCAAGCGGUAUACCGCAAAUCUUCCGUCACUGGAAGACAAAUCAAGUCAUCUCCGUCGACACACAUACUGACGUUCCCGAUCCACGUCAUCAUACUACCCGUUUCCACCGAGGCCAUUUGCACACUGCCCUCCUUGAACAUGUCCCACGAAACAUCAUCCACUUGAAUAAAAAGGUCAACCGGGCAGAAGCUACCCAAGACGGUGUGGCAUUGUACUUUGAAGACGGGACUAGUGCCCGUGGGCAUGUCUUGAUCGGCGCGGAUGGAAUUCGGUCGCCUGUGAGACAAGCUUUUAUUCCGGAUUACAAAUUGAGAUUCAGCGGGAAGGUGUUCAUGCGAGCAACUUUUGAUGCAUCAUUGGUUGAGGGCAAGAUCCCUGACCUGCCCAUCGAUUCAAUGCAUUGGUGGGGACCACGAGAUAAUUUCUUUGCAUCUCGGCUUGGCAAGAACCAAUAUACCACCGUCGGCGCCUACGAUGAUCCACGAACCGCAGAAGAGAUUGAAAAGAGCAUUACAUGGAACUCUGAAGGCAAUGUGGAGUUUUUGAGAGAGCGGUACAAAAACUGGAACCCUACUGUUAGGGCCCUCACUCAGCAUACUCCUUCGACCAAUCUGUAUCCAAAUUUUGCGGGCGACGCUCUUCCAACCUGGGUAUUUGGCUCGCGAGUUACUCUUGUUGGUGACGCAGCACACGCCCAUGGUGGUGCUUUUGCCGCGGGUGGCUCAUUGGCGCUGGAUGACUCUCUCGCUCUCGGUCUUGCUUUCAAGCAUGUGUUCAGCUCCUCGAAGGGCUUGGAGCACUCAAUUGAGAAGAUCAACAGGGUAUUGAGUCUUUAUAGCAAGACGAGACAGCCACACACGGCACGUUUACUGCGUAUUGUUCAUAACCAGAUUGAACAGAGGGGGUCAGCGGCUACAUCCCUCGAAGAGGAGGAUGCGGGACUGGUUGCUAGGAUGAAGAAACGCCCUAAUACAGAGUGGCUAUCAGAGCAUGACGUUGAGACUGCAUUUAGGGCUGUGGUCAACGAGUCUGAGACCGAUGACUAUCUCGAACAUUCAACCCUGGGAAGCAGGAGCAAGCUAAAAGCCCCCAUUGAGGGAACCAUCCAGCUCCAGAAAAGCAAGAUUUAG